AUGAGACGCUUCGCCCACCGUUACGUGUGCCUGGCCGUGCUGCUGGCUACGGCCUCGGCAAGGUCGGCCGAGACCAACCCGACGACCAACUCGAUCGACGAGGAGACCGCAAGGUCACCCGCCAACAGCAAUAUCUUCGGCGAUCUCCGACAGAUAUACCAAGUCUACAAAGAAUGCUCCGCCGAGGAGCUCAGCCCAUGUCUGAAAAUGAGACUCUUGUCAGCGGUGGACAGGAUGUACAGGAGCGUCCAACUGAACGUGGCCGAGGGUGUCACCUUCGUGCGCGACGAUCCUGUCGUGAACGAGGAGGAACCUUCAAAGUCACUUCAAGAGAUCGAGGCUAGCUUGCCCAGGGCUCUGGACGACAAAGAGGACGCGCUGAACACGAUGAUCUACGACAAGGUCGUCAAGUUCUUCCAGAGUCAUACCUUGAAACUGAAAUUACCCAAUGUCGAGGAUCUGCAACGUAGCCUCGUGGAGGAAGGUCGUAAGAAGAAGAAGAAUAUGAGCGGUCUUCUGGCCAUACCUCUGUUGAUCGGUGGUACCUUGGUGCCCCUUGCACUCGGGGCACUGGCCCUUCUGGCCGGUAAAGCGUUGAUCGUCAGCAAGCUGGCUUUGGUAUUGGCUUCUAUCAUCGGUUUGAAGAAGCUCGUGUCAGGAGGCGGCGAUCACGGCCACGAGGUCGUUCAGGUCGCCGGUGGCCACGGAUCGAGCGGAUGGGCAAGAUCGAGCCACGACCUCGCCUACUCCGCCUACAAGCCAUCGUCCCCCUAG